AUGUCGAUAAAUCCAUUUAACCUAACAAGAAAUUUUAAAUUGUACUUUAGUGCAUUUAGUCCCGUAUUUAUUGAAAUACCCAUCAGGAACAAUGCAACAGAAACAACAUGGGUCUCUGAUGGUAUCACUAUGAGUUAUUUAAAAGAUCGUAUUAAUGAAAUUGGUGCUGAUUAUUUUGGUGAAUUAACAACAACAACAACAACUACUACAACAUCAGCAACAUCAUUAAAUAAAAUUGAAAAUAAUUGUUAUUCAUAUCCAUCAACAAAUCUUCUUAUAGGUUUUAUCAUUGGAAUAGCUUUAAUUAUAUUGCUUUCAUCAAUUAAUCUUGUUGUUAUGAUAUCAGAAAAACGAUCGAAAUAUCGUACGAAAAUGGAAAAAAAUUCAGGUGAAUCAUUACGAUUCCAUGAAAUGUUUCCUGAUUUAAAUCAUCCAAGACAACAGCGUCAACAGCAACAAAAAUAA